AUGUGGCAGUAUGAAGUUCCUGGCAAAAUUCCUCAGGAGAAAAGAAUGUGGAUGGUGGCAGAGACAUGUCCCUUCUACUUUAAGAAGUGGUGGCCAUCAAUCCAGUGGGGAGAAGAUGGCCGUCCAUUUCAUUUUCUCUUCUAUACUGGCAAACAGUCAUAUUAUUCAUUAAUGCAUGAUGUGUAUGGAAAGUUACUCAAUAUAGAAAAGUAUCAAAAUCAGUUGCAAGCCAAAGGUCUACUUCCAAAAAAAACUGAAACUAGAGACCUGAUUGGCAGCAGAUGGCUGAUUAAGGAGGAACUAGAAGAAAUGUUAGUGGAAAAACUGUCAGAUCAAGAUUAUAUGCAGUUCAUUCGGCUGCUGGAAAAGUUAUUGACAUUGCAGUGUGGUGCUGCUGAGGAAGAAUUUGUGCAGGGGUUUCGCAGAAGUGUAACUAUUCAAUCAAAAAAGCAGCCGAUUGAACCCGUGCAGUAUGACGAGCAAGGAAUGGCCUUUAGCACAAGCGAAGGUAAAAGAAAGAGUGCAAAAGCCGAAGUAGUUCUUUAUGAACAUGGAAGUGGAAGGAUAAAAGUAAAUGAACUUGAUUAUCUGCUUUACUUCCCAGUAACACAGGACAGAGAACAGCUCAAGUUCCCUUUUCACUUCCUUGACCGACUUGGCAAACACGAUGUGACCUGCACAGUCUCAGGGGGCGGAAGGUCGGCGCAGGCUGGAGCCAUACGCUUGGCGAUGGCAAGAGCCCUGUGCAGCUUUGUCACCGAGGAUGAAGUCGAGUGGAUGCGACAAGCUGGACUCCUCACUCCUGAUCCACGUAUCAAAGAACGGAAGAAGCCGGGCCAGGAGGGAGCCCGCAGGAAGUUUACCUGGAAGAAGCGCUGAGUCGUUCACAGAAAGAAGAGGAGUGUGUGACUGUCGGGGACAGACAUGCGUAAAUCACGACUGACCAGUGUCAGGCCAGCACUGUCAGAAACUGUGUUGAGUUGUAAAAUGAUUUAUUUUUCAAUGCUGCUUUGUAAACGUGACCUUUAAAAAAUAAAAAGUAAAAAAUGUUA